CUCGAAUGGUCGGUUAGAUUUAGGUUUCCCACGUUAUUCCCGCGCAAAUUAUUGCACGGGACGCCGAUCCUUUACUGGUUUAUUUAUAUUUAUUUGUAGUUAUUAAAUCGUUAGUGUUAUUUAUUUUACGUUAGAAUAAAUAGUUUAAACGAGAACAAAAUGGAUUCUAUGGAUAGAGAUCAGAGAUUCGAGGAGAUACAACGGGAAUAUGUGGAUUUUCUGGAUGAUAUGGAGGAUCAAGGCAUUUAUACUACUCUCGUUAAGAAUAUGAUUGAUGAUAACAAACACAGACUGUACGUAAACAUCAAUGAUUUAAGAAGAAAAAAUCCCACCAGGGCAACAAGUCUAUUGAACAAUGCUUUUGAAGAGCACCAUGCCUUUGAACUUGCAUUAAAGCAAUUUAUUGGGAGCAUUGACACGGAUUAUGCAAAAGGAAGUAUAGAUUUUUUUAUAGGAUUUGAAGGAAGUUUUGGAAAUAAACAUGUCACACCAAGAACUCUUACCUCGCGUUACUUGAGUAACUUGGUCUGUGUGGAAGGAAUUGCUACAAAAUGCUCUUUGGUACGGCCAAAGGUUGUAAGAAGCGUUCAUUAUUGUAGCUCCACAAAAACAGUGAUAGAAAGAGCUUACACUGAUCUAACUUCGUUUGAUGCAUUUCCACAAUCAGCUGUAUACCCAACAAUGGAUGAAGAUGGUAACACUUUGGAAACAGAGUUUGGUCUGUCUACCUACAAAGACCAUCAAACACUAACUAUACAAGAAAUGCCGGAAAAAGCACCUACCGGUCAGUUACCGCGCAGCGUUGACGUCAUUUGCGAUAACGAUUUAGUGGACCUUUGCAAACCAGGAGACAGGGUUCAAAUUGUUGGAAGUUUUAGAUGUUUGCCUGGUAAACAAGGAGGAUAUACAACAGGCACCUUCAGAACAAUUUUAAUUGCUAAUAAUAUCAUGCAAUUGAGCAAAGACGCUAAUCUAUCUAUUUCUCAUGAUGAUGUAGCUAUGUGUAAAAAACUUGCCAAAACUAAUCCAUGUAAUAAUAUUUUUGAGUUGCUCAGUAAAUCGCUAGCACCUUCUAUUUACGGGCACGAUUAUGUAAAGAAGGCGAUUUUGUGUUUACUGCUCGGCGGUGUCGAGAAAUUAUUACCUAACGGUACACGAUUGAGAGGAGAUGUUAACGUUAUGCUUAUCGGUGAUCCAUCUGUUGCAAAAUCGCAACUUCUGCGUUACGUUCUGUGCUCUGCCCCGAGAGCGAUACCAACCACUGGUAGAGGAUCUUCUGGUGUAGGAUUAACAGCUGCUGUUACGGUAGAUACCGAAACAGGCGAGCGCAGACUCGAAGCUGGUGCUAUGGUAUUGGCAGAUCGAGGAAUCAUUUGUAUAGAUGAAUUCGAUAAAAUGUCCGACAUCGAUCGAACAGCUAUACACGAAGUAAUGGAACAAGGAAAAGUAACGAUCGCCAAAGCUGGGAUACACGCGAGUUUAAACGCACGAUGCUCAGUAUUGGCAGCUGCGAAUCCAGUUUACGGAAGAUACGAUCAAUAUAAAACGCCCAUGGAAAAUAUUGGUCUUCAAGAUUCGUUGCUUUCACGUUUCGAUCUGUUAUUCGUCAUGCUGGACAUAGUAGACUACGAACAAGAUCAAAUAAUCAGCGAUCAUGUUGUAAGAAUGCACAGGUACAGGAGCUCGAAUGAACAGGAUGGAGAAGCGUUACCUUUUGGUAGUAAAAUAGAUGUAUUAACUACAAAAAAUCCCGAUCAAAUUCAUGUCGACGACACGGAAGUUCAAGUAUAUCAAAAAUACGAUCCGUUGUUACAUGGACGAUUGCGUUCUAAGAGCGACCAAAUUCUCACUAUAAAUUUUAUGAGAAAAUAUAUCCACAUAGCUCGUUGUAUGAAACCAAAACUCACGGAAGAGGCUAGCGAGGUAAUCGCUGCCGAAUACUCGAAACUACGAUCAGAAGAGUCGGUGGAUUCCGAUGUAGCAAGGACUACGCCUAUAACAGCUCGUACCUUGGAAACGUUGAUUCGAUUGUCUACGGCGCACGCGAAAGCUCGUUUGUCGAAGAACGUAACCGCUGAAGAUGCUUACGCGGCGAUAGAACUGGUGGAGUUCGCCUACUUCAAGCGCGUGCUAGAGAAAGAAAAGAAAAAACGAAGACGGCGCGAUACCGAAGGUAGUUCGAGUGGCGAUGAAUCGCAGGAGAAAAAGAAGAAACGUAAGCAAAGCACGAAAUCUGAAGAUCCUUAUGACUUUGAUAGCGAUGACGAUAGUCACAUUGAUGAAGCUGUAACGAGGAUCACUAGAUCGCAAGUAGCGACUACGUCAACUUCGCAAAGUCAGUCUGUGCAAUCGGCACAAGAUUCUGCUCCAACUGUUAUACCAGAAGCUCCUGCAACUAUCACCGAGGAAAGAUUGAAAUUAUUUAGAACGCUUCUUCACAAGUUGUUCCAACAGCAACGGGCGCAAUCGCUUCCGUUGUCGAGAGUACGCGAAUAUAUCAACAGCGAACAGUCGAAAGAGUUUACGUCGGGUGAGAUUACCGCUGCGAUUAACAGGAUGUCUGACGCUAAUCAGAUAAUGGCUGCGGACGAUAAUAUAUUUCUUAUGUAAAUUGUAUUCUUUCUGUAAGUCGAUUACCUCAUAUUUUAAUUAUUUUUACUUGUAAAUUUGUUAUAAAAUUUUUAUACAAAACGUUUUAGUGAGUAAUCCGCUAACUCCUUUUUUUUACGUUAGACGAGAACUCUUGAAAGAAGAAAUUAUAAUAGUUGAAAAUA